CAGUUCUGGAGCUGUACCUGUAGACCUCUCUCACCAUGGAGUGGAGAGCAUCCACGGUCUCCAUACUGCUUCUGGCACUUACCGGCAUUCAGGUUAAUUCAAACAUGGUCUAUCCCAGUAACCAUGUCAACAGCAUCUGCAGCAUGUGGGGAAACUUCCACUUCAAGACAUUCGAUGGAGACGUGUAUCAGUUCCCAGGCAUGUGCGAGUAUAACCUGGUGUCUGACUGCCAAAGCCUCAUUCACCAGUUCUCAGUUCACGUGAAGAGAACAGAAAACAGCACUGGGCCAAAGAUCAGCAGGGUGUUGAUUACCAUCAAUGACAUUGCUGUUGAGUUGACAGAGAAACAGGUCAAAGUCAAUGAAGAAAAAGUAAAGCUACCUGUGCAACUCGCAGGGAUUCUUGUGGAAGAGAACACAAUUUACACCAGGCUCUAUUCCAAAAUGGGCAUCACUGUCAAGUGGAAUAAAAAUGAUGCUGUUAUGGUGGAACUCGACUCCAAAUAUUCCAAUCACACUUGUGGGCUGUGUGGUGAUUUCAAUGGCGUCCCAGUUUAUAACGAGUUCAUUGAAUCCGGACGGAGGCUUGGCUAUGUUGAGUUUGGUAAUAAGCACAGAGUUCGCAACCCAACGCAUGCCUGCGAAGAUCCUUUUGAAAACGCAGAUGAGAAAAAUGUGGUGAACAAAUGUGAAAAAGUUCAGACAGAUUGUGCAGACCUUUUGAAGGAUGAGAAAUGGUCUUCCUGUAGCUGGGUUUUGAAUCCUGAGCCGUAUAUCAAAGCCUGUACGAAUGAUAUUUGCUCACAUCAACCUAAAGAUAAAGACACCAAAACCUCUGCGAUCUGUGCGACUCUGUCUGAAUAUUCACGACAGUGCUCUCACGCUGGAGGAGCUCCACCGAACUGGAGAACGGCAGCAUUCUGUGCUGUGACAUGUCCCUAUAAUAUGGUACAUUCUGAAAGCGGCUCCCCCUGUAUGGACACAUGCUCACACAAAAACACAAACUCUCUAUGUGAGGAACACAACACUGAUGGCUGCUUCUGUCCCCCAGGAACUGUGUUUGAUGACAUUUCAAACACAGGCUGCAUCCCAGCAGAAAAGUGUAAGUGCAAGCAUGACCACAUCUACAGCACAGGAGAGAUCCUACACAAAGAUGAGGGAGAAUGUGUAUGUAAGGAGGGAGAAUGGAUCUGUACGAAUAUUCCCGGUCCUGGCCUGUGCUCUUUAGAGGAAGGAUCUCACUUCACCACCUUUGACGGGAAAGAAUUCACUUUCAAUGGAGACUGUCACUAUGUGCUUUCAAAAGACUGUAACCAGACCAAGUUCAGCAUAUUGGGGGAGAUUGCUCCUUGUUUUACUCGUCAAACUGAUACCUGUUUAAAGUCUGUUGUGGUGCUGUUUUACAACGACAUGAAAAAUCCUCUGGUUAUUAAGGCUGAUGGGACAGUACAGCACAAUGCAGAUAUUUUACUUCCUUACAUUACAGCUGACUUCACGGUGUUCAUGCCGUCAUCGUUUCACGUCAUGCUUCAGACCACCUUUGGGCUGCAGGUGCAGGUUCAGCUAGUGCCUCUUAUGCAGGUGUACAUCACUGUGGACCAAAGCCUCCAGGGCAAGACUUGUGGUAUCUGUGGAAAUUUUAACAAAGUGCUGUCAGAUGAUCUGAAGACCCCUCAGGGAGUGGUUGAGGGUACGCCGGUUUCCUUCGCAAACUCCUGGAAGUCCUCGUUCAACUGCCCCGACCGUACUGAGAGAAUGGACGACCCCUGUUCCUACAGCAGUGACAGCGAGAACUUUGCCCAGCACUGGUGUUCCAAGAUGCAGGACAAGGCAAGCCUCUUUGCCAAAUGUCACACCACUGUCAAUCCAGACAGCUACUACAAGAGAUGCAAAUACUCCAGCUGUAGCUGUGAGAAGAGUGAGGACUGUCUGUGUGCGGUGGUCUCCUCAUACGUCCGGGCCUGUGCGGCUAAAAGAAUAUCCCUCCAAGGAUGGCGACAAAUUGUGUGCGAGAAGUAUACAAAGAAUUGCCCAGCCUCGCAGAACUACUCAUAUCAGCUGCAGACCUGUCAGCGUACCUGUCUUUCUCUCGCCUCUGAGCGCCAAAGCUGCAGUGUUGACUUCGUGCCUGUUGAUGGAUGUGCAUGUCCAGACGGACUCUACCAAGAUGAGAAUGGACUGUGUGUACCAAGCGAAAAAUGUCCAUGUUUCCAUACCGGACAGAAAAUUAAUCCCGGCAAGUCUAUCACCGUUAGGGACGAACACUGUAUUUGUAUAAAAGGAAAACUCCACUGUCGUUCCUGGAAAAACCAAACUCAGGUAUGUUCCUCGCCGAAGGUUUUCUUCAACUGCAGUACAGCGGCCCCAGAUGAACAUGGGUUGGAGUGUGCAAAGACUUGUUUACAACAGAAAGUAGACUGUUUCUCAGUGCACUGUCAGUCUGGCUGCCAGUGUCCUUCAGGUCUGUUGGAUGAUGACAGAGGACAUUGUGUUAAGCCGGAUAACUGCCCGUGUAAACAUGAUGGACAGUUUUAUGCACAAGGAUCUACGAUAACCACAGAUUGCAAUAAAUGCACUUGCCAAGGGGGGAAAUGGAAAUGUACACAUUAUAAGUGUCCAGGAAUAUGCACCAUAUAUGGCAGCGGACAUUAUAGAACCUUUGAUCAGCAAAGAUUUGGUUUCAGUGGAGGCUGCAGUUAUAUUGCUGCUCAGAACAAUUGUGGAAAUAAAACUGGCAAUUUUUAUGUGAUCACUGAGAAUAUGCCUUGUGGAACAACAGGAACCACAUGUUCAAAGGCUGUUAAAAUACUUUUGGGGAGGACAAUGCUGCUGCUUUCUGGUGGGACUGUGACAGCCGCUGAUACUGGAAGUGGUCCAGAGAUCAGGUACACUGAGAGAAACUUUGGGAUGUACCUUGUCAUUGAUGCUAACAUCGGAUUGACAGUUUUGUGGGACCGCAAAACCACCGUCCGCAUUAUUCUGCAACCUCAGCACAUGGAAGAUGUAUGUGGCCUGUGUGGAAAUUUCAAUGGAGAUGCAAAAGACGACUUUACCACUCAGGGAAAUUUGCCAACUACAAAUAUAAUGGAGUUUGUGGACAGCUGGAAAGUGUUAAGUAAUUGCCCAGAUGCAAAACCAGACUUUAACCCAUGUGUUGAGACCCCAAAUCGAGAGACAUGGGCAAAAAUACAAUGUAGCAUCAUCAAAGAUAUCAAGGGACCAUUCAAAGUCUGUCAUAACAAGGUGGAUCAAAACCCAUAUUAUGAUAACUGUGUGAAGGACUCAUGUGCAUGUGACACAGGUGGAGACUGUGAGUGUUUCUGUACAGCUGUGGCAGCUUAUGCUCAAGCCUGCAAUGAGGCAGACGUUUGUAUUAACUGGAGAACACCUGAGAUCUGCCCUGUGUACUGUGACUACUACAAUACUGGAAAAGAUGACUGCACAUGGCAUUACAGUCCUUGUCAUACAUCUUGCUACAAAACCUGUCUCAACCCUAAUGCUACCUGCGACAACAAUUUACCCAACCUUGAAGGAUGUUAUCCAAAAUGUCCAAAGGAUAAGCCUAUUUUUGAUGAGAAAAGUCAGAUCUGUGUGGAGGAAUGUAUACUAACAACAACAACAAAACCUAGCACAUCAUCUUUCCCUACACCAACAACUACAACAAAGCCUCCUACAACAACACCAAAACCUAGCACAUCAUCUUUCCCUACACCAACAACUACAACAAAGCCUACUACAACAACACCGAAACCCACCACACCAUCAUCCCCGACAACAACACCAAAACCUACCACAGCAACUUCUCCUACACCGACAACAACACCAAAACCUACCACACCAUCUUCUACACCGACAACUACUACAAAGUCUACUACAUCAACACCAAAACAUACUACACCAUCUUCUCCUACACCGACAACUUCAACAAAGUCUACUACAACUACACCAAAACCUACCACACAAUCUACCCCUACACCCACAUCUAGCACAAAAGUCUACUUCAACGACACCAAAACCUACCACGCCAUCUUCCCCUACACCAACAGCUACCACAACAUCACCCAAACCUACCACACCAUCUACCCCCACACCAACAGCUUACACAAAAUCUACUACAACAACUCCAAAACCUACUACACCAUCUUCCCCUACACCAACAACUACUACAAAGUCUACUACAACAACACCGAAACCCACCACACCAUCUACCCCGACAACAACACCAAAACCUACCACAGCAUCUUCUCCUACACCGACAACAACACCAAAACCUACCACACCAUCUUCUCCUACACCGACAACUACAACAAACACAAAGUCUACUACAGGAACACCAAAACCUACUACACCAUCUUCCCCUACGCCAACAACUACUACAAAGUCUACUACAUCAACACCAAAACCUACUACACCCUCUUCUCCUACACCGACAGCUACAACAAAGUCUACUACAACAACACCAAAACCUACCACACCAUCUUCCCCUAUACCAACAACUACAACAAAGUCUACUACAACAAUAUCAGAACCUACCACACCAUCUACCCCUACAUCAACAGCUACCACGAAGUCUACUACAACACCAAUUCCUACUACACCAUCUACCCCUACACCGACAGCUACCACAAAGACUACUACAACACCAAAACAUACCACAUCAUCUUCCCCUACACCAACAACUACAACAAAUGGUUUAAUGUAUAUAAUCCUGAAUUAGGAGGAGGGAAUGACUUGGAGACUUAUAAAAAAAUUGCAGAAAGUGGAAAAGAAAUCUGUAAAGAGCCCAUAGGUGUCGAAUGUAGCUACCACAAUGUCUACUACAACAACACCAAAACCUACUACACCAUCUUCCCCUACACCUACAGCUACCACAAAGUCUACUACAACAACACCAAAACAUACCACACCAUCUUCUCCUACACCGACAACUACAACAAAGUCUACUACAACAACACCAAAACCUACCACACCAUCUUCCCCUACCCCAACAACUACAACAAAGUCUACUACAACAAUAUCAGAACCUACCACACCAUCUACCCCUACAUCAACAGCUACCACGAAGUCUACUACAACACCAAUUCCUACCACACCAUCUACCCCUACACUGACAGCUACCACAACAUCACCCAAACCUACCACAUCAUCUACCCCCACACCAACAGCUUACACAAAGUCUACUACAACAACACCAAAACCUACUACACCAUCUUCCCCUACACCAACAACUACUACAAAGUCUACUACAACAACACUGAAACCCACCACACCAUCUAUUACAGCACCGACAGCUACCACACCAUCUACCCCUACAUCAACAAUUACAACGAAGUCUACUACAACAACAACAACAUCAAAACCUACCACACCAUCUACGCGUACAUCAACAGCUACCACGAAGUCUACUGCAACAAUGAUUCCUACCAUGCCGUCUUCCCCUACACCAACAGCUACCACAACAUCACCCAAACCUUCCACACCAUCUACCCCCACACCAACCGCUUCCACGAAGUCUACUACAACAACACCGAAACCCACCACACCAUCAUCCCCGACAACAACACCAAAACCUACCACACCAUCUUCUCCUACACCGACAACUACUACAAAGUCUACUACAUCAACACCAAAACAUACUACACCAUCUUCUCCUACACCGACAACUACAACAAACCCUAUACCGACAACUAUCACAGAGUCUACUUCAACGACACCAAAACCUACCACGCCAUCUUCCCCUACACCAACAGCUACCACAACAUCACCCAAACCUACCACACCAUCUACCCCCACACCAACAGCUUACACAAAAUCUACUACAACAACUCCAAAACCUACUACACCAUCUUCCCCUACACCAACAACUACUACAAAGUCUACUACAACAACACCGAAACCCACCACACCAUCUACCCCGACAACAACACCAAAACCUACCACAGCAUCUUCUCCUACACCGACAACAACACCAAAACCUACCACACCAUCUUCUCCUACACCGACAACUACAACAAACACAAAGUCUACUACAGGAACACCAAAACCUACUACACCAUCUUCCCCUACGCCAACAACUACUACAAAGUCUACUACAUCAACACCAAAACCUACUACACCCUCUUCUCCUACACCGACAGCUACAACAAAGUCUACUACAACAACACCAAAACCUACCACACCAUCUUCCCCUAUACCAACAACUACAACAAAGUCUACUACAACAAUAUCAGAACCUACCACACCAUCUACCCCUACAUCAACAGCUACCACGAAGUCUACUACAACACCAAUUCCUACUACACCAUCUACCCCUACACCGACAGCUACCACAAAGACUACUACAACACCAAAACAUACCACAUCAUCUUCCCCUACACCAACAACUACAACAAAUGGUUUAAUGUAUAUAAUCCUGAAUUAGGAGGAGGGAAUGACUUGGAGACUUAUAAAAAAAUUGCAGAAAGUGGAAAAGAAAUCUGUAAAGAGCCCAUAGGUGUCGAAUGUAGCUACCACAAUGUCUACUACAACAACACCAAAACCUACUACACCAUCUUCCCCUACACCUACAGCUACCACAAAGUCUACUACAACAACACCAAAACAUACCACACCAUCUUCUCCUACACCGACAACUACAACAAAGUCUACUACAACAACACCAAAACCUACCACACCAUCUUCCCCUACCCCAACAACUACAACAAAGUCUACUACAACAAUAUCAGAACCUACCACACCAUCUACCCCUACAUCAACAGCUACCACGAAGUCUACUACAACACCAAUUCCUACCACACCAUCUACCCCUACACUGACAGCUACCACAACAUCACCCAAACCUACCACAUCAUCUACCCCCACACCAACAGCUUACACAAAGUCUACUACAACAACACCAAAACCUACUACACCAUCUUCCCCUACACCAACAACUACUACAAAGUCUACUACAACAACACUGAAACCCACCACACCAUCUAUUACAGCACCGACAGCUACCACACCAUCUACCCCUACAUCAACAAUUACAACGAAGUCUACUACAACAACAACAACAUCAAAACCUACCACACCAUCUACGCGUACAUCAACAGCUACCACGAAGUCUACUGCAACAAUGAUUCCUACCACGCCGUCUUCCCCUACACCAACAGCUACCACAACAUCACCCAAACCUUCCACACCAUCUACCCCCACACCAACCGCUUCCACGAAGUCUACUACAACAACACCGAAACCCACCACACCAUCAUCCCCGACAACAACACCAAAACCUACCACAGCAUCUUCUCCUACACCGACAACAACACCAAAACCUACCACACCAUCUUCUACACCGACAACUACUACAAAGUCUACUACAUCAACACCAAAACAUACUACACCAUCUUCUCCUACACCGACAACUACAACAAAGUCUACUACAACUACACCAAAACCUACCACACAAUCUACCCCUACACCCACAUCUACCCUAUACCGACAACUAUCACAGAGUCUACUUCAACGACACCAAAACCUACCACGCCAUCUUCCCCUACACCAACAGCUACCACAACAUCACCCAAACCUACCACACCAUCUACCCCCACACCAACAGCUUACACAAAAUCUACUACAACAACUCCAAAACCUACUACACCAUCUUCCCCUACACCAACAACUACUACAAAGUCUACUACAACAACACCGAAACCCACCACACCAUCUACCCCGACAACAACACCAAAACCUACCACAGCAUCUUCUCCUACACCGACAACAACACCAAAACCUACCACACCAUCUUCUCCUACACCGACAACUACAACAAAGUCUACAACAACUACACCAAAACCUACCACACCAUCUACCCCUACACCGACACCUAGCACAAAGUCUACUACAGGAACACCAAAACCUACUACACCAUCUUCCCCUACGCCAACAACUACUACAAAGUCUACUACAUCAACACCAAAACCUACUACACCCUCUUCUCCUACACCGACAGCUACAACAAAGUCUACUACAACAACACUAAAACCUACCACACCAUCUACCCCUACACCGACACCUACUACCACAACAUCACCCAAACCUACCACACCAUCUACCCCCACACCAACCGCUUCCACGAAGUCUACUACAACAACACCAAAACCUAUUACACCAUCUUCCCCUACACCGACAACUACUACAAAGUCUACUACAACAACACCGAAACCCACCACACCAUCAUCCCCGACAACAACACCAAAACCUACCACACCAUCUUCUCCUACACCGACAACAACACCAAAACCUAUCACACCAUCUUCUCCUACACCGACAACUACAACAAAGUCUACAACAACUACACCAAAACCUACCACACCAUCUACCCCUACACCGACACCUAGCACAAAGUCUACUACAGGAACACCAAAACCUACUACACCAUCUUCCCCUACACCGACAACUACAACAAAGUCUACUACAACUACACCAAAACCUACCACACCAUCUACCCCUACACCGACACCUAGCACAAAGUCUACUACAACAACACCAAAACCUACCACACCAUCUUCUCCUACACCAACAACUACAACAAAGUCUACAACUAAAACAACACCAAAGAUUACGACACCGUCUACCCCUACACCGACACCUACUACAAAGUCUACUACAGGACCACCCAAAUCUAAUACACCAUCUUCCCCUACACCAACGGCUACCACAAAGUCUACUACAACAACACCAAAUCCUACCACAUCAUCUAGCCCUACACCGACAGCUACCACAAAGUCUACUACAACACCAAAACAUACGACACCAACUUCCCCUACACCGACAACUACAACAAAAUCUACUUCAAUGACACCAAAACCUACCACGCCAUCUUCCCCUACACCAACAGCUACCACAACAUCACCCAAACCUACCACACCAUCUACCCCCACACCAACCGCUUCCACGAAGUCUACUACAACAACACCAAAACCUAUUACACCAUCUUCCCCUACACCGACAACUACUACAAAGUCUACUACAACAACACCGAAACCCACCACACCAUCAUCCCCGACAACAACACCAAAACCUACCACACCAUCUUCUCCUACACCGACAACAACACCAAAACCUACCACACCAUCUUCUCCUACACCGACAACUACAACAAAGUCUACAACAACUACACCAAAACCUACCACACCAUCUACCCCUACACCGACACCUAGCACAAAGUCUACUACAGGAACACCAAAACCUACUACACCAUCUUCCCCUACACCGACAACUACAACAAAGUCUACUACAACUACACCAAAACCUACCACACCAUCUACCCCUACACCGACACCUAGCACAAAGUCUACUACAGGAACACCAAAACCUACUACACCAUCUUCUCCUACACCGACAACUACUACAAAGUCUACUACAUCAACACCAAAACCUACUACACCAUCUUCUCCUACACCGACAACUACAACAAAGUCUACUACAACUACACCAAAACCUACCACACCAUAUUCUCCUACACCGACACCUAGCACAAAGUCUACCACACCAUCUUCUCCUACACCGACAACUACUACAAAGUCUACUACAACUACACCAAAACCUACCACACCAUCUACCCCUACACCGACACCUAGCACAAAGUCUACUACAACAACACCAAAACCUACCACACCAUCUUCUCCUACACCGACAACUACAACAAAGAACACCAAAACCUACUACACCAUCUUCCCCUACACCGACAACUACUACAAAGUCUACUACAUCAACACCAAAACCUACUACACCCUCUUCUCCUACACCGACAACUACAACAAACACAAAGUCUACUACAGGAACACCAAAACCUACUACACCAUCUUCCCCUACACCGACAACUACUACAAAGUCUACUACAUCAACACCAAAACCUACUACUCCAUCUUCUCCUACACCGACAACUACAACAAAGUCUACUACAAAAACACCAAAACCUACCACACCAUCUUCUCCUACACCAACAACUACAACAAACCCUACACCGACAGCUACCACAAAGUCUACUACAACACCAAAACAUACGACACCAACUUCCCCUACACCGACAACUACAACAAAAUCUACUUCAAUGACACCAAAACCUACCACGCCAUCUUCCCCUACACCAACAGCUACCACAACAUCACCCAAACCUACCACACCAUCUACCCCCACACCAACCGCUUCCACGAAGUCUACUACAACAACACCAAAACCUAUUACACCAUCUUCCCCUACACCGACAACUACUACAAAGUCUACUACAACAACACCGAAACCCACCACACCAUCAUCCCCGACAACAACACCAAAACCUACCACACCAUCUUCUCCUACACCGACAACAACACCAAAACCUACCACACCAUCUUCUCCUACACCGACAACUACAACAAACCCUACACCGACAGCUACCACAAAGUCUACUACAACACCAAAACAUACGACACCAACUUCCCCUACACCGACAACUACAACAAAAUCUACUUCAAUGACACCAAAACCUACCACGCCAUCUUCCCUUACACCAACAGCUACCACAACAUCACCCAAACCUACCACACCAUCUACCCCCACACCAACCGCUUCCACGAAGUCUACUACAACAACACCAAAACCUAUUACACCAUCUUCCCCUACAACGACAACUACUACAAAGUCUACUACAACAACAUCGAAACCCACCACACCAUCAUCCCCGACAACAACACCAAAACCUACCACACCAUCUUCUCCUACACCGACAACAACACCAAAACCUACCACACCAUCUUCUCCUACACCGACAACUACAACAAAGUCUACAACAACUACACCAAAACCUACCACACCAUCUACCCCUACACCGACACCUAG